AUGUUUGCGGUACUGGUCCACAACAUCAGGCCGGCACGUGGCAACGAGUUUGCGGACGUCCAACAUGUGGUUCAAGCCAUGAUCCACAGCACCUCAGGAACCAACGGAAACACGCGCUCGGGGGGUGUGGGGUUAUCAAAUCCAACAACAUCAGAGAGUGGGGGAUUGGGGGAGAGGGGAGGUGUAGCCGAGAGUGGUGGAUUGGGGGAGCGGGGAGGAGCGUCCGAGAGCAAAGCAGGGAGGGGAGGAGCAGAAGGGGGUGGGGCAUGGAGGAGAGGAGCAGCAGAGAGUGGGGCGGGGAUGGCAGGAGCAGAGAGCGGGGCGGGAAGGGCAGGAGCAGCUGGGAUCGUGACAGGGAGGGGAGGAGCAGGGAGUGGGACGUGGAGGGGAGGAGCAGCAGGGAGCGAGGCAGGGAGGCCAGGAGCAGAGAGCGGGGCGGGAAGGGCAGGAGUAGCCGAGAUCGUGACAGGGAGGGGAGGAGCAGGGAGUGGGGCGGGGAGGGGAGGAGCAGGGAGUGGGGCGGGGAGGGGAGGAGCAGGAAGCGGGGCCGGGAGGGGAGGAGCAGGGAGCGGGGCCGGGAGGGGAGGAGCAGGGAGCAGUGGGGCGGUGAGGGGGGGAGCAGAAGGGAUCGGGGCAGGGAGGGGAGGAGCAUCCGAGAGCACGGCAGGGAGGGGAAGAGCAUUCGAGAGCGGGGCAGGGAGGGGAGGAGCAUCCAAGAGCGGGGCAGGGAGGGGAGGAGCAUCCGAGAGCGGGACAGGAGGGGAGGAGCAGCAGGGAGCGGGGCAGGGAGGGGAGGAGCAGCAGGGAGCGGGGCAGAGAUGGGAGGUGCAGCAGGGAGCAGGGCAGGGAGGGGAGGUGCAGCAGCGAGCGGGGGGGGAAGGGGAGGAGUAG